GCGCAGCACGUACAGUAAGAGGAGCAAGUCAAAUUCGGAAGAGUAAGUCUUCCAAGUGCAGCAAGUCCAGGUUGCGCAGCAAGUCCAGUUAAAGGAGCAAGUCCAAUUUGGAAAGAGUAAGUCUUCCAAGUGCAGCAAGUCCAGUAAAAGGAGCAAGUCCAAUUCGAAAGAGUAAGUCUUCCAAGUGCAGCAAGUCCAGGUUGCGCAGCAAGUCCAGUAAAAGGAGCAAGUCCAAUUUGGAAGAGUAAGUCUUCCAAAGUGCAGCAAGUCCAGGUUGCGCAGCAAGUCCAGUAACAGGAGCAAGUCCAAUUCGGAGGAGUAAGUCUUCCAAGUGCAGCAAGUCCAGGUUGCGCAGCAAGUUCAGUGAGAGGAGCAAUUUAAAUUAGAGGAGCAAGUCUAAAAAGCGAAGCAAGUCUAAGAAGCGAAGCAAGUCUAAGAAGCGAAGCAAAUCUAAGACGUGAAGCAAGUCCAGGAAGUGAAGCACGUCCUAGAAGUGAAGCAAGUCUAAGACGUGAAGCAAGUCUAGGGGUACAGCAAGUCAAGUAUAUCUAGGAAACCUUCAUCGUGUAUACUGCUUGGAAGAUACCUCAGAUAUUGUCACCAUUAUAGUUAACCCAAAACUUGACAAAUUGGGGGCUCGUCCGGGAUUAACUAUAAUAAUAUUGCAGCUAUCAUAACAAGCAUGAUGUAUUACGAUGAAUGGUUGAGACUUGGCGAGAGACUUGGAUUGUCCGGUGGAGACUUGAUCCUCUUCAUCAAAGAUAAGGAAGAGGAAUGUAUAGCAAGGGAAGAGAGAGCUCAACGACGUGAUGAAGAAAGGAGACAGAUGGAGAUGAACUUUGAGCUGCAAAUGAAAGAGAGAGACUUAGAGAUUGAGCGUUUGAGGGUCAACAGAGUAGACAGUACUGAUACUUGUAAGGCGUACAGACCUAAGAUUCCAAAGUUUGAUGAAGAGCACGAUAACAUUGACGCAUAUCUGGAAAGGUUUGAGAGAUAUGCUCAAAUUCAAAAUUGGGGAGAGGAGAGCUGGGCCAUAAGUCUUAGCUCACUUUUAACAGGAAUGGGACUGGAGGUCUACACAAGCAUGCCACAAGAAGAGGCCUGUAAUUACGAUUCUCUCAAGAAAGCGAUCCUAAGGAGGUAUCAGUUGACUGAAGAGGGAUUCAGAUCAAAAUUUCGACAAAGUAAACCAGACCAAGGAGAGUCGGUCUUCCAAUUUGUGUCAAGAAUAAAGAGGUACUUCAGUCGGUGGACUGAACUGGCUGGAAUAGAAAAGACGUAUGAAUCCUUAUGUGAUUUAAUGAUAAGAGAGCAGUUUAUUGAAGGUUGUUCGGCCGAAUUAGCGGUGUUUCUGAAAGAGAGAACACCAAAGUCGAUGGACGAGAUAACACGUCUUGCAGAGCAGUACAUCGAAGCACAUAAGGGGACACCUUCAAUAUUGUCGAAGAGUGUUGCGCCACAAAGGAAGCACAACUCCACCAGUCAUGAGCAGUCCAGUCGAAAGACAGAAGAGAAGAAUGGGUUGCGGAAAACCUGCUUUAUAUGUAAUAAAGCAGGUCAUUUAGCGCGUGACUGUAGACAAAACAGCAGGAGUAACACCCAAAGAGUUGCUUUAUCUGUAAUAAAGCAGGACACUUAG